GAGUUGCCCAGAGAAGAGCAGAGAAGACGGCAGCAUUCUCUGAAUGGCCGACAAGCACUCGUCAGGAAACAAGAGCAAGGACUUCAGUUGUUCUCUGUCAGGUCCUAAUAUUUAUACCCCCAAUGGAUCUAUUAAAGAGGAGCUGGAAGACCAAAACUUGUGGCCAAGAUCCCUGGCUCGAAAAUGGAUCGGGAUGCUGUUUAUGGGGACCUGCCUCCUCUACUGUGCCAGAAUGACCAUGCCAAUCUGUGCAGUCUCGAUGGCAGCCACUUUCAACUGGAGUAAAAUCGAUUCUGGGCUGGUCCUGGGUGGAUUCUUCUGGGGUUACUGUUUCACGCAGAUUCUGGGAGGACACGUCAGUGACAAAGUGGGAGGAGAGCGUGUCCUGGUUAUCUCUGCAGCAUCAUGGGCUGUGAUCACAGCCAGCACCCCUCUGCUGUCCUAUCUGGGGUCUCACACCCUUGCUGUCAUGACUGUGGCCAGAUUUCUUAUGGGACUGUUGCAGGGUGUUUUUUUCCCAUCGUUGGCCAGCCUGUGCUCUCAGCGUGUUGUGGAAGGAGAGAGAGGCUUUUUAAUGAGCACCAUGCACAGCGCUAGCAAUCUUGGAACGUUGUUAGCAGGAGGGAUGGGUUCCCUGAUGCUCGACCGGUAUGGCUGGGAAAGCAUGUUCUACAGUACUGGUUUCCUGGCAGGACUCUGGGCACUGAUAGUAUGGCAGUGUUUUUUAAAAGGGAGCAGUGACGUUACCCCAAAGCAGAUGAAGACAAGGAAGGACUCACAGUGGGGUUUAUCAAGAACACGCUGGCUGAGUCUGUUUAAGAAGCCACCUGUCUGGGCCAUGGUGAUUACUCACAUGUGCAUGUGCAGCACGUCCUAUACUAUAUUGUCGUGGUUGCCAACGUACUUCAAGGAAUCAUUUCCUCAUGCCUCGGGGGGUGUGUAUAACAUAAUUCCAUGGCUAAUUGCCAUUCCAUCAGCACUUGGAGGAGGAUAUGUUUCAGAUUUCCUCAUCAACCAAGGAUACAAUGUAGCCUCUGUGAGAAAGAUAAUGCAGUUUUUUGCCAUGGGGCUAUCCAGUAUGUUUAUAAUGGCUCUGUCUGGAUCCAUCUCAUUCCACUCUGCUGUGAUUUUCAUUUCUGCUGCCGUGGGUGUGUCCUCAUUCACCAGCGGUGGUGUGUCUGUGAAUGUACAAGACCUCACCCCAUCAUGUGCAGGCGCUCUCUAUGGUUUUAUGAACAUGAUGGGCGCUUUGAUGGGGCUGGUGUUGGUCUCUGUGUCAGGCUACCUGAUCGAGGUCACCAUGUCGUGGGCUACAGUCUUCUCUCUCAUCACUUUAGUUAAUGUCACGGGUCUCGGGAUCUUCAUCAUCUUUGGCGAUGCUCGUCGUGUCGACCUGGAAAUAUACAGCCAGGAUUCUGUGCUCUGACCCAGACUGGACAUUACUUUUACACAGUAGUAAAAGCACAACUCGGUAUCUAUAAAGGAAUUUCUGCCUUUGUAUGUACUAUUAAAUUAUAUAUUUUUGUCACUGUUUUGACGCAAGAAUCACAGUUUUGCUGAAUAUAUAAGUAUGUGGAAAUACUGUAGAAUUUGAGAUGAAGGAACUUAAUUAUUCAAUAGUUUUGAUGAUGUGUAAAUCACUUAUAAUCUGCUAAAUGUGGACUGUUUUAUAAAAAUGUUUAUGACGAUAUAUUUAUUAUAGAAAGUAUAAUUUAAACAAAAAUGUGUACAUACAAUCCCUAUAGAAAUUCUUGACCCCCCCUUGAUAGUAUUUUAUUGCACAUUGAAUCCUGGUUUCAUUUUGCUUUUUAGACAGCAACUUGUGAGUGAGUUAACGGUACUUUUUAAGACCAGCUACAAAGUCUUACUCGGAUUCAGGUCUGAGCUGACUUGGCCACUCCAGAACGUUCAUUUUGUCGUUUUUAAACCACUUCUGUGUAGCUUUGGCUGUUUGCUUUGGAUCAUCAUCUUGCUGGAAAAUAAAUCUGCUCCCUAGUCACAGUUCUCUUGCGGACCCCAUCAGGUCAUCCAGGAUUUCCCAAAACUUUACUGCAUUGAUUUUAGCCUCUACAAGCCUUCUAAGGCCUGCUCCCUGCUGCCAUCCCUACAUCAUGGUGCUGCCACCACCAUGCUUCACAGCGUUUGCCAAAUAUAGUGUUUAAUCCAGUGGUAAAACAGCUCAGUUUUAGUCUCGUCAAUCCAAACAACCUUCUUCCAGUUGAGUCUCUCACCUGCCUUCUGUUGAAUCCUUGACAAGCUUUUCUCAACAGGGACUCUCUUUGCUAGUCACCGUACUGUCUUAUACAGCUCUGACUGGUGAAAGACAGUUGUUGUAUGCAGUCUUUCCCAUUUUGGCUGCUGAUACUUGUAACUCCUUCAGACGAGUCAUAGGUGUCUUAGUGGCCUCACUCAUCUCAUUACCUAAUGAUGGAUUUAAAUGAACUCCAAAGAAUAUUCACAGGCUUGGGCGUGUUCUUCAAUCAAUCCUCAGACUCAUGCUUUUCACUAACCUUUUCACAGAGAUGUUUGAAGUGUCCUCUUGUCUUCAUGGUGUAGUUUUAUCCAGAGGACUGGUUCGUCAGUGAUUCAGAUGAUGUCCAUUUCACUCGUUGUGUUUAAUUUGUUCACUUUAAAACAGAUGAAUACUUAUGCAAUCACUUGUUUUACAUUUUAUAUAUUCUUGACAAACGGUGCUGUUAUCGGUAUUUGUGCAAUGUCUUUUCAAGCUAACACACACCAGAACUGAUAAUGAUGAAGCUGCUGAGGUCAGGCGAUGAGGUACGACGUCUUAAGUUCUCUUGGUUUCAUUUUCUUAGAAAACUAUUACCGUUAGCUUUAAAAAAAAAAAAAAACAAAGCUCAAGGAAAAUGACUUUUGUUUUUCUCCCCAACUUUAAAGUUCAUUUAAUUUGUGAAAGUAGGCUGAUCUAGGAAGUAGACACAUGAGAAGUAACACAGAAGGACACCAGUGAAAACUUGCAGGCUGUCAGUUGGUGGAAAUAGUUUGUCAAAGGAAAUUUGAAUGGUCAGUGUCAAUGAAAAGUCAUACAAGAUGUUGAGUUGCCCAGCAUCUGGCAAAAAUAAAUUUAAUUAGCUUA